AUGGGCUAUAGAGUGGGAAAUAGAGGAAAAAAGCAAGCAGUGCAAAGCUUCACUGCAACUCUGCGGUCCCAACAUCGGUGGCGUUUCGCGUUGAGCGCCGACACGGCCGCACAUGCGCAGUCAGUCCCGCCGGGUCUGCUCUCAGCCCCGCCCCUCAGAGCGCCGGCUUCCCGGAGAGUCUGCGAGCCGGCGUACGGACGUUUACGCGCGGGCUGCGGCUGCGCAGGCGCAGUCGGAGAGCCUUCGCGGGUCUGGCGCUUUUUUCUCUCGCUUGUGCAGUGUUUGAUUUGUGAAGUCCGUUGCGUCCGGCAGGUGGUGAAAGUCUGGGCUCUUGGGUCCCGGCCAAGUCUCGGCAGCACGGAGGUGCAGGGUGUCGCCGAGAGUGCGGGGCCGGGCGCCGUCGGCGCUGUGCCCGGCCCCGGGGCCCUGGCUCCUGCUACGGCUCCGGCCCUGACUCCGGCCCCUGUCGCGGCGCCGGCCUCGCAGUUCACCCUGCUGGUGAUGCACCCCUGUGGGGGGCAGGAAGAGGCUGCGGCCGAGGGGGUCCUGAGGCACGCCCCGGCCCCCGGGGGCAGCGCCGGGGCGAGCAAGCCCGUCAGGUACCUGUGUGAAGUGUCGGGGGAUGGCGAGGAGGAGGCAGGGGAGGACGAAGCCGACCUGCUGGACACUUCGGACCCCCCGGGGGGAGGUGAGAGCACAGCUAGUUUGGAGGAUCUGGAGGACGAGGAGGCCCACUCGGGGGGCGAGGGCAGCAGCGGGGGAGCCCGGAGGCGGGGCAGCGGCGGGAGCAGCAUGAGCAAGACCUGCACCUAUGAGGGCUGCAGCGAGACCACGAGCCAGGUGGCCAAGCAGCGCAAGCCCUGGAUGUGCAAAAAGCACCGUAACAAGAUGUACAAGGACAAGUAUAAAAAGAAGAAGAGCGACCAGGCCCUGAACUGUGGUGGGACAGCCUCUGCUGGCAGCGCGGGAAACGUCAAACUGGAGGAAAGUGCAGAUAACCUACUCUCCAUUGUUAAACAAAGAACAGGAUCUUUUGGGGAUCGUCCUGCAAGACCUACUCUUUUAGAACAAGUGUUAAAUCAAAAAAGACUGUCAUUACUGAGAAGUCCAGAGGUAGUGCAGUUUUUACAGAAGCAGCAACAACUAUUAAAUCAGCAAGUUUUGGAGCAAAGACAGCAGCAGUUUCCAGGAGCAUCGGUAUGAGGGAACUUAUCACGAACAUCUACAUGUUUCUUACUUUAUUGUGAUAGAUGAACAUAUUUUUAUACUAAAGAUAAAUGGCGUAAUAUAUGUUAAUGGAACAUAAACA